AGCUCCCCAGGGAAGAUCCUUCCGGAGACACAGAAGUUCUGAGAACUCGUGUGUAUUGUCACCGAGAUGACGACACAACAGGACCAGUACCCGACCGCAUACUGCACGCACCUUGUCUAUUCGGAUGUGGUCUACGAUCCGAAGCACCGAAAGUUCCUGGCCACUAAGAACGACAAAAGCUUCGAACUUUUCAAGCGCAACCAGCGGGUGACCAACAUGAGCCAUCUGGUGGCCCUAAACCCGCACCAGACGCUGAACGUCUACCUGAAUGGCCUCACGGACAUCGAGGUGCAGUGGUACUUUGUGCAGAUGAUCGAGUCGCUUAUGAACGACUACCAGCUGGACGGGGUGGCCUUCAUCGGCAUCGAGCUGUCUCUGGACAACGUCCAGCAGUUCUCCAGGGUCAUCGAUAGGAUGAAAGAAGCAUUGAAGAAGAAGCCGUCCAGACAGUUCUUCCAGCUUGUCUUCGGUGGCUUCAUCACAGACUUGGACAAUGAUCCGGCCGAAAUCGCCAAUAGAAUACGAGUGAUUGCCGAAGAGGUUGACAUUUUCAUCAUCGAGACGCACUACCAGAGGCCACUGCCACUCUGCAAGACAGUCUUCCCGACAGCCUUCAACAACUACGGCUCCUUCACUCCGAAUGUUCCAAUCAACACAGGUCUUAACUGGCUGAAAGCAUUGGUGCUGCCGCGCACACCCAAGGGCAAGAACAGCAUCUGUAUGUCACUAAGCAUGGUGGCGCUGUUGUUUAAAAUCUCCGGCACCGUGGAUCACCUCCAACCGGGAAAUGCUUGCUUCGAGGAAAUCUGGAUGAACUACGCCGAGACUUGCAUCGGUCAUGGGUGGAGUAAUGUAAAGACGCAUUCAUCAGCAAUGUCGUCUUUCCGCCACAAAAUUAAAUUCUGGCAAUCCUUUGACACGGAUAUCACGGUGACCAGAAAGGUGGACCUGAUCUUGGACCAGGCGAACAAGACGUGUUUCGCGGCGUACUACGUGGACUACGAGGACUACUAUGGCAUGUGCCAGGGCAAGGUGGCAUUCCCGCGGCUCAAGGCCAUCCGAGACCUGCUUAACAAGAGAACCAACGUCGACGAAGAUAUCGACCUUUUCGGACACGACUUCUGAGGACCCCAUUGCAGAGACGCUUCUCGGUUACGCCCACCAAUGUGCUCCAUCUUUUCUUUCUCCUUGCCGGCGCUGCCAACAAAUAAGCAACUGUUGAGACGGUGUUGUUCUCAUGUAAAGCGGUUGACUAACAUGCAGUAAAGAGCACAGAAGC